AUGAACAAUCGGAGCCUCAACUUUUUCCGUCUAAAGUUGCCUCACCCGCACGCCUCACCCACUGGCCUCACCCGCAGGCCUCACCCACUGGCCUCACCCGCACGCCUCACCUGCUUAGCCUCACCCGCAGGCCUCACCCGCACGCCUCACCUGCUUAGCCUCACCCGCACGCCUCACCCACUGGCCUCACCCGCAGGCCUCACCUGCUUAGCCUCACCCGCAGGCCUCACCCGCUUAGCCUCACCCGCAGGCCUCACCCGCUUCGCCUCACCCGCAGGCCUCACCCGCUUAGCCUCACCCACUGGCCUCACCCACAGGCCUCACCCACAACCAACUCUGACCUGA